UUUCUUUCCAAGAGGGCCUCAGACUUCGACACUUGCUCCCCUUUCUCGGAUUGCUAACACGGUUUGCUGGCAGCGUUGAAGAGUCGGGACAGUGUUGUAAAGUCACGUUUAAGGCGACUGUAGAGGAUCAGACUUUGUAAAUGUUUGGGAUUCAAGAUACAUUAGGAAGAGGACCAACUCUGAAGGAGAAAUCGCUGGGCGCCGAAAUGGAUUCGGUCAGGUCCUGGGUCCGGAAUGUCGGCGUGGUGGACGCCAAUGUCGCCGCGCAGAGCGGAGUCGCCCUGUCCCGGGCCCACUUUGAAAAGCAGCCUCCCUCUAACUUGAGGAAAUCCAACUUCUUUCAUUUUGUCCUGGCGCUCUACGACAGGCAGGGGCAGCCAGUGGAGAUCGAGCGCACCGCCUUCGUGGACUUCGUGGAGAAUGACAAAGAACAAGGCAAUGAGAAGACCAACAACGGCACCCACUACAAGUUACAGCUCCUUUACAGCAACGGCGUGCGCACAGAGCAAGAUCUCUACGUCAGGCUCAUCGACUCGGUCACCAAGCAGCCCAUAGCAUACGAAGGACAGAAUAAGAAUCCAGAAAUGUGCCGAGUUCUGCUGACCCACGAGGUGAUGUGCAGCCGAUGCUGUGAGAAGAAGAGCUGUGGGAACAGGAAUGAGACGCCUUCAGACCCCGUCAUCAUCGACAGAUUCUUUUUAAAAUUUUUCCUGAAGUGCAAUCAGAAUUGUUUGAAAACAGCGGGAAACCCACGGGACAUGAGACGGUUCCAGGUUGUGUUAUCAACAACAGUGAAUGUGGAUGGACACGUGCUGGCUGUUUCCGACAACAUGUUUGUUCAUAACAACUCCAAGCACGGACGCAGAGCAAGAAGACUUGACCCAUCAGAAGCUACACCCUGCAUCAAAGCCAUCAGCCCAAGUGAAGGUUGGACCACGGGAGGAGCUAUGGUCAUCAUCAUUGGUGACAACUUUUUUGAUGGUCUUCAAGUGGUGUUUGGUACCAUGCUUGUAUGGAGUGAGCUCAUAACCCCUCAUGCCAUCAGAGUGCAGACCCCUCCCCGGCACAUCCCUGGAGUUGUGGAAGUGACACUGUCUUAUAAAUCCAAACAGUUUUGCAAAGGAGCCCCCGGCAGGUUCAUUUACACAGCCUUAAAUGAGCCCACCAUUGACUAUGGUUUCCAGAGACUGCAGAAAGUCAUCCCGAGGCACCCAGGAGACCCUGAGAGAUUAGCUAAGGAAAUGCUGUUGAAAAGAGCUGCAGACCUAGUGGAAGCCCUCUACGGCACACCCCACAAUAACCAGGACAUCAUUUUGAAGCGUGCUGCAGAUAUUGCUGAAGCUCUGUACAGUGUCCCCAGAAACCCCAGCCAGAUUCCAGCUCUCUCCAGCUCCCCAGCUCACAGUGGCAUGAUGGGCAUCAACUCUUAUGGCAGCCAGCUCGGGGUCAGCAUCUCAGAGUCCACACAAGGAAAUAACCAAGGAUACAUCCGCAACACAAGCAGCAUCUCCCCGAGGGGGUAUUCCUCCAGCUCUACGCCGCAGCAGUCUAAUUACAGCACCUCCAGUAACAGCAUGAAUGGCUACAGCAAUGUCCCCAUGGCCAACCUGGGUGUGCCAGGAUCCCCGGGAUUUCUGAACGGCUCACCCACGGGCUCCCCGUAUGGAAUCAUGUCGUCAAGCCCCACCGUUGGAUCUUCCAGCACAUCCUCCAUCCUCCCAUUUUCCUCUUCAGUUUUUCCUGCUGUCAAACAGAAGAGUGCCUUUGCACCUGUCAUCAGGCCCCAAGGCUCCCCUUCGCCGGCCUGCUCCAGUGGCAAUGGAAAUGGAUUCAGAGCCAUGACGGGGCUUGUCGUACCCCCGAUGUAAAGUGGAGGAAGAACUGCUUUCUCAUAGCACAAAACUACUUAGUCCAAUGGACCGAUAAGAAAGCACUCUGAGCUCCUUCAGAAGAGUUGUGCCCCCAAGUUGGACGUGGACAGAUUUGGGAAGGCAGAGAGCCACCGUCUUGGUCUCAUGUCUCUCUUGCAGCUCUGCUGGGAACUACACACACCGACCCUCUUGGAGACAAGGACAAAAAGAAAUGUCAUUAAUGUGGUCGGUGCUAAGAGCAGAAAGGCAACUCUUUGUUAUGAACAUUACGAAAACCACCUUUGUUUGUAAAAUAGUUAAGAAAAAAAUUGGCAAACAAUUCAUGCUUAAUAUUUUGGAUACUAUUUGUUUUUCUUUGUAGGAAAAAAAAGUUGAAAGUUUCUAUUUUCUAUGAAGCCUUUCAGAUACCAAUUUAGUUUAUGCAGAAAAAAAUUGAACAAAACAGGGUACCAGCACGGAAGACUUUCUUAAAAUGAAACAUGAAUUGAAAGGAGAAAUGUUGAACGUGUGUGUGCUUAUAGUUUAAGCUCUUUAAAAAACAAACAAAAAGGGAAAAAGUUUUAAAAUGUUUUACAAUUAUUUAAAUAAAUAAACGUGUAACUUAUUGUAAGUAGAAGUAGAAAUUAAGACCUUUUUUUAAGAAGAGAGGAAUUUCUCUUCCUGAUGUAAAAUGAAAUUGACGCAAACAUGUAGUAACAAGUUUUAAAGGUGUGUGAUUAUUACAGUUACUUAUUAGACUCUUAUCCCCCAUCCCGCAUCUCCCUCUUUUUCCAUUGUUUUAUUGACCUCAUGUGCAAGAACAUGUAACUUGUGUAGAUUCCUACAGAACAAUCCACUGCAGAAAAACAGACUCAAAUAAAUGCCCAUACAAACACUCCAACUCAUCCCUUCAUUCCCCAGCUCUGUCUGCUUUCUAAAUAGUUCACAGAUCACUUGUGGGCUCCACUCUUGGUGAAGCAUUUUUAAAAACACCUGUCAGUUUGCAGUGUUCUUUCCUGAGAGAUGCAGGGAAUCCCUGUGCUAGCGUCUCAAGCCUUGAAUAUCCCUAGGCAAGAAGUAUGUCACCUUUGAGAAGAGCCAAAUCACGUGACUGCACAGAGCAGGGACUUUUUGGAAUCCUUCCUUGCUAGAGUCACACACCCUCCUCUCUGGGUGUCUGGCCCACUCACAGAGCACAGAGGUGGGCCCCACAGAACUUUGGAAUAAGAUGCUUCUGUUUCUUAGACUUUUAAGACUCAGUCUUCA